CCAGGGUGCCGUGGGUGCCGCAGGUGCCGCGGGUGCUGCGGGUGCUGCGGGUAGGGUGGGUGCCGUGGGUACCCGCUCUCCCCGGUGCCUUUAAGCGGUGGCCGUCCCCGCACGACGCUGACAUCAGUGCCGGCGUCCGCGGCCUGCGCAUCCCAGCCUGCGCCAGCACCGCCAUGGCGGCCAGCCCGGCCUACGGCGAGGAGAAGGGGGGCUCCUCCAGCCUGGGGGAGCCUGAGUACGGCCACGACCCUGCCAGCGGCGGCAUCUUCGCCUCCGACUACAAGAGGCAUGAUGACCUCAAGGAGAUGCUGGAUAGCAACAAGGACUCACUCAAGCUGGAGGCCAUGAAGAGGAUCGUGGCGAUGAUUGCCCGGGGGAAAAAUGCCUCUGACCUCUUCCCGGCCGUGGUGAAGAACGUCGCCUGCAAGAACAUUGAGGUGAAGAAGUUGGUGUACGUGUACCUGGUGCGCUACGCGGAGGAGCAGCAGGAUCUGGCCCUGCUCUCCAUCUCCACCUUCCAGCGAGGACUCAAGGACCCCAACCAGCUGAUCCGUGCCAGCGCACUGCGUGUCCUCUCCAGCAUCCGUGUACCCAUCAUCGUACCCAUCAUGAUGCUGGCCAUCAAGGAGGCCGCAUCAGACAUGUCCCCAUACGUGCGUAAGACGGCUGCCCAUGCCAUCCCCAAGCUCUACAGCCUCGACUCAGACCAGAAGGACCAACUCAUCGAAGUCAUUGAGAAGCUGCUGGCGGACAAGACCACGCUGGUGGCCGGCAGCGUGGUGAUGGCAUUUGAGGAGGUCUGCCCAGAGCGCAUCGACCUCAUCCACAAGAACUACCGCAAGCUCUGCAACCUGCUCAUCGACGUGGAGGAGUGGGGCCAAGUGGUGAUCAUCAACAUGCUGACCCGCUACGCACGCACCCAGUUCCUCAGCCCCAACCAGAACGUGAGUUUGGGAGCCUCAGGGUGUCCUGGACACCUUAGGGUGCCCCUGGCCACCUUGGUACCAGGGAUGCUCUGGUGUCACAGUGCAUCCUGCUGCUCUGCCAGUGUGGUUGGGGUGGGGUGGUGGGGUGAAGGUGAGUGCUGCUGGCAGGAAUCCCUGCUGGAGGAGAGUGCCGAGAAGGCUUUCUAUGGCUCUGAGGAAGAGGACACCAAGGAUGCCAAGGCGGAGGCAGCCUCGUUGGCCAAGCGCAAGCCCUAUGUCAUGGACCCUGACCACCGCCUGCUCCUGCGCAACACCAAGCCCCUGCUGCAGAGCCGCAAUGCUGCGGUGGUGAUGGCUGUGGCACAGCUUUACUUCCACCUGGCACCCAAGGCAGAGGUUGGUGUCAUCGCCAAGGCACUGGUGCGGCUCCUGCGGAGUCACAGCGAGGUCCAGUAUGUUGUGCUGCAGAAUGUGGCCACCAUGUCCAUUAAAAGGCGGGGGAUGUUUGAGCCCUAUCUGAAGAGUUUCUACAUCCGUUCCACAGACCCCACACAGAUCAAGAUCCUCAAGCUGGAGGUCCUCACCAACCUGGCCAAUGAGACCAACAUCUCCACCAUCCUGCGUGAGUUUCAGACCUACAUCCGCAGCAUGGACAAGGACUUUGUGGCAGCCACCAUCCAAGCCAUUGGGCGCUGUGCCACCAACAUUGGGAAAGUGCGGGACACCUGCCUCAACGGCCUCGUCCAGCUCCUCUCCAACCGGGAUGAGCUGGUGGUGGCUGAAUCCGUGGUGGUCAUCAAGAAGCUGCUGCAGAUGCAGCCGGCUCAGCACAGCGAGAUCAUCAAGCACAUGGCCAAGCUCACUGACAACAUCCAGGUGCCGAUGGCACGGGCCAGCAUCCUGUGGCUGAUUGGCGAGUAUUGUGAGCACGUGCCCAAGAUAGCACCCGAUGUGCUGCGCAAGAUGGCCAAGUCCUUCACCAACGAGGAGGACAUCGUCAAGCUGCAGGUCAUCAACCUGGCAGCCAAGCUCUACCUGACCAACUCCAAGCAGAGCAAGCUGCUGACCCAGUACGUGCUCAACCUGGCCAAGUACGACCAGAAUUAUGACAUCCGUGACCGGGCUCGCUUCAUCCGCCAGCUCAUUGUGCCCACCGAGAAGAGCGGGGCCCUCAACAAGUAUGCCAAGAAGCUCUUCCUGGCCCAAAAACCUGCUCCCAUCCUGGAGUCCUCCUUCAAAGAUCGGGACCAUUUCCAGCUGGGCUCCCUGUCCCACCUGCUCAACACCAAGGCUGUUGGGUACCAGGAGCUGCCGGACUGGCCAGAUGAAGCCCCUGACCCCUCCGUGAGGAAUGUGGAGGUUCCCGAGUGGACCAAGUGCACCAGCCGAGAGAAGAGGAAGGAGAAGGUGGAGAAACCUUUCUACUCUGACUCAGAGGGCGAGUCAGGGCCCACCGAGUCUGCAGACAGUGAGCCUGAGUCCGUCAGCGAGGAGAGCGGCAGCAGCAGCAGCUCCGGCAGCUCCAGCUCCAGCAGCGAGGAGGAGGAUGAGGAGGAUGAGGAGGAAGGCAGCGGGGAGUCAGAGGACAAGGAGGAGGAGGAGGAGAAGAGGAAAAAGAGGAAGGAGAAGGGAGGCCCCCGGAAGGCCUCCUCCCCGGGGAGUGCGGGCAGCCCCAGCGAGGAGGAGGAGGAGACUGAGGGGAAGAAGGUCAAGAAGGCAGCAGGACCUCAGGGGAGGAAGGGCCAUGCAGAGACCUCGUCAGAGGAGGCCAGCGCCUCCGAGAGCAGCUCUUCAGGGUCAGAAUCUGGCACUGAGGCACCGGCCGUGGUAGAGGCUAAGCGGAGGAAGGCGCCCCCCAGCAGCAGGGCUGGCCCCAAGGAGAUCUCCCUGCUUGACCUGGAUGACUUCACUCCCCCACCUCCCCAGCCUGUCCCCUCCACCAGCAUCGUCUCCACCAGCCUGGUGACCGAUCUGGAGGGCCUCACACUCACCGACACCUCCCUGGCACCCACCCUGAUGAGCCCGGCGUUCGGUGCGGUGAGGACCUACGAGCUGCUGCACCGCAUGGCGGGCGAGGGGCUCUCAGUUGAGUACUGCUUCAGCCGCCGGCCCUUCCCGGGGGACCCCCACAUGGUGGCCGUCCAGAUCCACAUCUCCAACAACACCGACGCUGAGGUGAAGAGCCUGCGGGUCAGCGAGCCCAAGCCGCUCUCGGGCAUGCGGAUCCAGGAGUUCCCUGAGAUCGAGUGCCUGGCGCCUGGGGACACGACCAGCGUGGUGAUGGGCAUCGACUUCUGCGACUCCACUCAGGCGGCCAACUUCCAGCUGUGCACCCACACGCGUCACUUCUACGUCUCCAUCCAGCCGCCAGUGGGGGAGCUGAUGGCCCCUGUCUUCAUGAGCGAGAACGAGUUCAGGAAGGAGCAGGGGAAGCUCACAGGCAUGAGCGAGAUCACGGAGAAGCUGACGUUGCCUGAGAAAUGCCGGAGUGACCACGCCAUCGUCCAGCAAGUGACCUCGGCUGCCAACGUGGGACGUGUGCCCUGCGGAGCUGACAAUGAAUACAGGUUUGCAGCCAAGACGGUGACCAGUGGCAGCCUGGUGCUCGUCACCCUGGAGCGGCGGGAGGGAGCCGCAGCCCAGCUGACCGUCAACAGCGAGAAGAUGGUGAUUGGCACCAUGCUGGUGAAGGACAUCGUCCAGGCCCUGGCACAGUGACAGCCAGGCCCUGCCACACGCCCCCAUCCCCUCUGCCCCACACCACUCCCCAAGACCCUCCUGUCCCUGUUCCGGGGUUAUUCCCCACCCCAGUACUCAUGGUGGCACAAGCGGGACAGGAGGCAGUGAUACCUGGGCUGGCUUUGCCUCUGGGAAGAAGGAGCAGGAUAGGACAAUGUCCUGCUCGGUGAAGACACGGUGGCUCUAGUCCCUCACCUCUUGCCACAGUCACGCAGUGUAACCUUAUUUAUUAUGGCCAAUAAAGCUCUCCUCAAACCUG